AUGGUUUUCAAACCAUUCACCCACCUCGCGCGCCAGAGUUUCACCAAAGCCUUCACCCAUGGCUAUGCUCAAUCAGUAGUCGCCGCGUCGCAGUCCUACGCGUCGACCGCGCCUUUUAACCCGCUCGCCGUCCAGCCCGCUGCCAAGUUCUCCCGCACAACCCAACUACAGAAUGCCUUCUCCAACGCAUCCAGUUCCUCGGGGGCCGGCGCAAAGGCCAGCCAGGGCGGUUCCAGCCAGGGCGAUCUCGGUUUAGCCGCUUACUAUGCUGCCUGGCAGCAAGCCCAGCAGACCGGCGAUGACAGCGAUUGGACGCAGUUCGAGUUCAAGCGCCGUAUUGGCUGGGAGCCGUCAGAGGAGACGGAUAAUGUACCUGAGAACCGGGCGGCAUCGCCCGAGACAGUUCCGCAUCCGACUAAGGCGGCCGUGAACGAUGAUGUUAGUGCUCAGGUGGAGGAGGCGGUUGCUCGUGAGAUUCAGAUCCAGGAGGAGCAGGCUAGAGCGGAGGAGGCGGCGGAGGGAUCUGCGAUCGGCGAGUCCGAUGUCUCCGAUGCGGUCAUGGAGGCCAACCAGGUGGCCUCGGAGCGCAUCGUGGAACUGGCUGCUUCGAAGCAGUAUGCGGAGAUUCCUGCGGCGUUUGAGACUCUGCUUCAUGAUGGCCUCACUCCGACUGUCGAGGCUUAUAAUGCCUUGCUGGUCGCUGCGAUUCGUCUUCACCCCGAUGCUGCUCAAGCUAUCCCCAAAGCUUUGGAUGUCUACUCGGACAUGCUUCGUCGUAGGGUAAUUCCCGAUGAAGAGACGUAUGAGACUCUGGUUCAGCUCUUGGUCACUCGGGCUCACGAUAUCAUCAAGGCCAAGGAGGCUUUGGAGAGUGAGCGUGUGCGAUUUGGUGGUAUGGAGGAGCCUGGCAAGUUCAUGCUUCAGUCUAGUGAGAUGGAGCGCGAUAUCCUUGUUGAGGAUACCUCUCUGUCGAUUGCUGUCAAGCUCUUCGAUACUGCCAUUGCUCGUCACAGCCGUCUCGUGUUCCCACUGGACAUGUAUCGUCACCUGAUCAUUGCUUGUGCCAAGGAAGGAAAGGUGGAGGAUAUGAUCCGCAUUUAUGCGCACAUGGAAUCGCAGAAGAUGACUCCCCAUGCCACCAUUUUCCCAUCAAUGAUCACUGCCUUUGCUUCUGUUGGCGAUCUCCGCAGCGCCGUCGAAUGCUACAACGAGUACCGCGGUCUCGCUGUUUCCGACGACAACGGAAUCUUCAGCAUCGUUCAGCGUCAGGACGGCCAAGUUUAUGCUGCUUUGAUUCGUGCUUACCUGUCCAACGGAAAGGAAGAAGGUGCUAUGCAGUUCUUCGAUCGAAUUCGCUCCUCGUUCGACGAGGUCACUGAAGGUCGCCAGGACCGCUGGUCUGCAGUGGAAACCGUCAUUGUCGAAGAUGCACUUGUGCAACACUUGAUGAACUCGGGCAACCAUAGUAAGGCUUUGGAACAGGCUAAGGCUCAAUUGCAUGAUGCCUCUCGGAAUCAGGCCAUCUCUCGGAUCUGCAUAGCUGCCGCCGAUGCAGGUGAUCUCCCCACCGCAUCUGAGGCAUAUGAUUCUCUCCCCACUGCACCCGACGUACGACAGAACCCGGCUGUCUCGCUGUUGGCGCUUCACGUUCGUCGGGGUAAUGUGUCGUCAGCCCGUUCCUUGUGGAUCAUGUUGAACACAGUGGGUCAGGCAACCCCGGAUCUGGUCCAGCCGACCGCUAUGUAUGCUGUCGCUCUGCUCAAGAGUGGAAAUUUUGAAGAAGGCCUCCACCAAGCCCGUAAUAUGUUCACGCGUAUUCGGAACGCGUCCUCCACACACGUCGUCCGUGAACAGAUUACCGAGUCCCUUCACCUCUUUGGCCGUGUUCUCAUGCAGUCGGCCGCUGUUCUUUCUCCUCAAACUUCCAUGACUCUGUUAUGGUCCAUGCUGGAAAACGGCGGUCUGAUCUCUCCUCUUGCUGAGCACGCUGUUGCUAACCUGGGUCCCAUUGGUAUUUCCCAGCUCAAGCCUGCUGACCUGACUCUUGCUUUGCAAGUGCAGGCCAACAUGCUGGCUAGCAACAGUGCUAUGCUCUUUGACGUUGCCCACCCCGUUCGCUUCGCACACAUGCUCGAUGUCGCUCUGUCUGCUGGUCUCCCGAUGGACAUCAACACCACUGGCUUGGUUGACCAGGCUGUGGCAAAGCUUUUCGUCAGUCGUCCCGAUGUUGUCAAGAGGUGGCAGGACUACCUGGAGGCUAGCUCACAUGCCUCUGCCGCUUCUCCCAAGAUAUUCUCCGACCGCCAGAGCCCCGUUUCUAUGGCUGAAACCUCGAUCACAACCCCGUCUGCCAACGCCGAAGCCUUUGAUCCCUAUGCGCAUGCAACUGACUUCCGUGGCUCUGCCAUCAUCGCCGAGGAGCUCGAGAAGACCAGCGGACGUGCCGAGACCCACCUCAACGAGGCCUUGACACGUCUCAAGAACAUGCGCCGCAUCGGUCGUCACCCUCGCUACAUCACUUACGCGAAGUUGAUCACCGCAGCGGCCAAGUCUGGUCGUAUGACUCUGGCACACGAGAUUCACAGCAUGGCCCGCAGCGACGUCCCCCUCGACAUGAGCUUUAGUGUUGUCAAAUACGGUUGGGUUUCCAUCCUUGAUUCCAUGGUGGCCGCUUGCCUCACCCUCGGUGACCGCCAGCUGGCUGCACAGUACCACCAGGAGCUUCUCACAUUGGGUUCUGCGCCUUCCGCCAACACCUUCGGUCUGUACAUCACCACCCUGAAGGAGUCCACCAAGACUUUCGACGAAGCCACCGAAGCUCUCAAGAUCUUCCACCGCGCAGUCGCCGAAGGCGUCGAGCCCACCUCCUUCCUGUACAACGCACUGAUCGGCAAGCUCGGCAAAGCCCGUCGCAUCGACGACUGCCUCGCCUACUUCGCUGAGAUGCGCGCCAACAACGUGCGUCCCACCAGUGUUACCUACGGCACAAUCGUCAACGCCCUCUGUCGCGUCAGCGACGAGCGCUUCGCGGAAGAGAUGUUUGAGGAAAUGGAAUCCAUGCCAAAUUACAAGCCCCGGCCCGCUCCUUACAACUCCAUGAUCCAAUACUUCCUCAACACCAAGCGUGACCUCAGCAAAGUCCUCGCCUACUACGAGCGCAUGCAAGCCCGCCACAUCCAGCCCACCAUGCACACUUACAAGCUCCUUAUCGACGCACAUGCUUCCCUGGAACCAAUCAACAUGGCCGCCGCCGAAGAAGUCCUUGAGCACAUGAAGGCAGCCGGCCAACACCCCGACGCCGUGCACUACGCCUCCCUCGUUCACGCCAAGGGCUGUGUCCUGCACGAUCUAGCCGGUGCCCGCAAGGUCUUCGACACGGUCAUGUCCAACCCCCGCGUCCGACCCCAGCCAUGUCUCUACCAGGCUCUCUUUGAGUCAAUGGUGGCGAACAACCGCGUCGCCGAUACCGAAGAGGUCGUUCAGAAUAUGACCCAGCGCAAGAUCGAGAUGACGGCUUAUAUUGCCAACACUCUCAUCCACGGCUGGGCUGCUGAGGGAAACGUUACCAAGGCAAAGGCCAUCUACGAUAUCAUUGGCAUUCAAAAGCGCGAGCCUAGCACGUACGAGGCUAUGACUCGGGCCUUUUUGAGCGUCGAUGACCGUGCCAGUGCUGCUGCUAUCGUCCAGGAGAUGAUGUCGCGUGGAUACCCGUCUGCUGUUGCUGGCAAGAUCGUUGAUCUUGUCGGUGUCUCUUCUUCUCUUUGA